UUUGUUAUCUUAAAAUCAGAAAAGCAGUGAGCUUUCUUUGUCUAGUUAGCAUCUUCAAUCAUUCUUCUUCAAACCCACUUUUCAUUUUUCAGUUCUUUUCAUGUUUCAUGCUGAUGCUGUUUCCCAAACUCCAUCCUCUGAGAUAUGAAAAAGAAUCAGUUUCAAGCAGCAUGAUUCCUUUUUUGAGAUGAUUGGAUGAUUAGAAGAAUCCAAGGGGCUUGGAAAGGUAGAAGUGAUGAGAAACAAAGUUGUGGAGAUUUCAACAGGGAUUAUGAUAAUGGGUGUUGUGAUAGCUGUGAUACUGUUGUUUCUGGGGAUUGGAGUUUUGGUGGUAAUACACAUCUGUGUGGCUAGAAGCACCCUUGAAAGAAGAUUUGGAGCUGCUGCUGCGGCUGAGAUGCGUGGAAACAGGAGAAGAAGAAGCAUGUCUCAGGAUGACUUGGAGAAGCUUCCUUCCUUUGACUAUAUAGCUGGAGAUAAAGGAAGCAGCCCUGUUGAUUGUGCAGUUUGCUUGGACAACUUCAAGAUAGGUGAAAAGUGUAGGCUGCUGCCUCUGUGCAAGCAUAGCUUUCAUGCUCAGUGUGUGGAUUCUUGGCUUUUGAGAAACCCCAUUUGCCCAAUUUGUCGAACAAGAGCUGAUCAUGGUAAGACUGGGUUGCUAGCGGGUGAAGAAAGUAGCCGGUUUAGUGAUACUGAUGUUAUUAAUUCGAGACAGAGGCAAAGUGCAGAAACUAGGCAUUCAAGUAAUGACACUAUAAUUGGUUUGAGAGAUAGCCAGAUUACAGAAGAUGGCCAUGUCAGGGACACCGGUAAUGAAUCAAGAGAAAUACAGAUACAUUGAACUCGGUUUCAGCUGGGUUCUGCAAAUAUGCGAUAGAACAUUGAAGCUGCUAUAUGAAAUUACCUUUUAUUGUAACUCGUUGAAUGUUGGCUGAAAUGGUCUGAGUUUACAAGAAAGUGUGUUCAAGUAA